ACCAGACCUCCUUAGACAUGCUCGUGAAGCUCAAAUAGGAAGGUUACAUGUGAUUUUUUUUAUGUAUACAUAUAGAUAUUUUCCAUGCGUUACUUAAUAUACAUCUGAAAAUGAGUUUAUUAAUCUAUCGAAUAAUCUGACAGACAUUUCAAAACGGCUUAAAAAAUUACCUCAAAAAUCCUACAGAAUCUUGUUAGCAUCUUUGCUAAGCGUAUAACCUUAAACAGUCACCUAAUUUCUGGUCCAGGACUGAUUGUAGUAAAAAAAAAAAUAGAUUAAAAUAUUUCAAUCAGAAAUGGAAGCUGCAGGAAGUUUAAGACUCUUUAUUUUUAGCGUUUAUAAAAGUUUAUCUCGACGCGCGCGGGGCUACCAACGACGUUAUUGCUCCGCGCGUGCGACUCAUAGAGUUACCGUUACCGAGGAGACCAAACUUAAGGGAUUUAAAACCAAACCGUUGUCCGGUCCGAGUUUAACCGACUUUAUUAAACUUUCUUCGUCAAACAAGAACAAACUUCCUGAAGUUUAUGAAUACGAAGCGUCGUAUCUUCCAGAAAACCCCUCUGAAGAAAAUCUACGCAAAGUGUAUUUUGAAACAUAUGGCUGCCAAAUGAAUGUGAAUGACACAGAAAUUGCUUGGUCCAUUCUUCAGAACGGAGGCUACCAAAGGACAGCUGAGCUGUCAGAAGCGGAUGUGGUGCUGCUCGUUACCUGCUCCGUAAGAGAGAAAGCAGAGCAGACCAUCUGGAACAGACUCAAACAGCUUGGAGCCCUGAAAAAGAAACGGCCUAAGACUGAUGUCCCGUUGAAAAUAGGAGUAUUGGGCUGCAUGGCAGAGCGACUGAAGACCGAGCUGUUAGAACGAGAGAAGGUGGUGGACGUCAUAGCAGGACCUGACGCCUACAGAGACCUGCCACGGCUCCUGUCUCUUGCUCAUGGAGGACAGAGAGCCAGCAACGUCCUGCUUUCCCUGGAGGAGACCUACGCUGAUGUCAUGCCAGUCCAUCAUGCAGGACACAGCGCUUUUGUGUCCAUUAUGCGUGGCUGUGACAACAUGUGCAGCUACUGUAUCGUACCCUUCACCCGUGGAAGAGAGAGGAGCAGACCCGUGUCCUCCAUACUGGAAGAAGUGCGCAGCCUCUCAGAUCAGGGGGUGAAGGAGGUGACCCUGUUGGGGCAGAACGUUAACAGCUACAGGGACACGUCUGAGACGCAGAUCAGCACCUCCGGUCUCAGUCGGGGUUUCAGCACGGUGUACCGUAAGAAGCAGGGAGGCCUACGUUUCGCUGAUCUUCUGGAUCGAGUCUCCAUGGUUGAUCCCGACAUGAGGAUACGCUUCACAUCUCCACAUCCCAAAGACUUUCCAGAUGAGGUAUUACAUUUGAUCCAGGAGAGGAAUAACAUCUGUAAGCAGAUCCACCUCCCAGCUCAGAGUGGCAGCAGUCGAGUUUUACAGUCCAUGAGACGCGGCUACACCAGGGAGGCGUACCUCGAGUUGGUGGAAAACAUUCGAAAGAUAAUACCAGAGGUCAGUCUGAGCAGCGACUUCAUCGCCGGUUUCUGCGGUGAGACAGAGGAGGACCACCAGCAGACACUGUCUCUACUCCGGGAGGUGGGCUACAAUGUAGGCUUUCUGUUCGCAUACAGCAUGAGGAAGAAAACACACUCAUACCAUCGUUUACACGAUAAUGUCCCUGUAGAGGUGAAGAAGAGGCGUCUGGAGGAGCUCAUAUCCGUGUUCAGAGAGGAAGCCUCUAAAUUGAACACAGCUCUCAUUGGGAGCACACAACUGGUCCUAGUGGAGGGAGAGAGUAAACGAUCCCCUGAGGAUCUCUGUGGUCGGAAUGACGCCAACGUAAAAGUGAUUUUUCCCAGAAAGCAUUUGCCCUCUGACCCCACAGGCAUUAAUACUGCCCCGGUUAAAGCUGGAGACUAUGUACUGGUGAAGAUUACUUCAGCAAACUCCCAGAGUCUGCAAGGCCACGCCUUCAGCCACACCUCCCUGAACUUAUGAGCAGCAUCAUAACGAACAGGACACUGUAUGUUAAUGUUAAUAUUAGUGAACCACGUUUAUUGAACAAAUUAUAAAUUAAAAAUAUUGCUGUAAAUAAAACACA